AUGUGGACCUUUAAUACCCCCGAGUCCAAACUCCUCUUCAAGAUCGACUUCUUCAUCCUCACCUUCUGCUGCCUCACCUACUUCUUCAACUACCUCGACCGCUCCAACCUCUCCAAUGCCUAUGUCUCGGGCAUGAAAGAGGAGCUGUCCUUCCAGGGCAACCAGCUCAACCAGAUCAACACCGUCUUCACCGUAGGGUACAUUCUCGGCCAGAUUCCUUCCAAUUUAGCCCUAACCUACUUCCGGCCGCGCAUCUUCUUCCCCGCAAUGAUUCUGCUCUGGGGUGGGCUGACCAUGAUCACGGCCGCCGUGCAUAAUCCGCAAGGGAUCAUGGCCAUUCGCUUCUUCUUGGGCCUGUCUGAGGCCAGCACCUUCUCUGGUACGCACUAUAUUCUCGGCUCGUGGUAUACGGAGCGCGAGCUGGGGAAGCGGAGUGGGAUCUUUACGGCGUCCGGGCUGGCGGGGACGAUGUUUGGGGGGUUUAUUCAGACGGGGAUUCAUUCGUCGUUGGAUGGUGUUAGGGGAUUGUCCGGUUGGAGGUGGUUGUUUAUUAUCGACGGCCUCAUCACCCUCCCAAUCGCCAUCUACGGCCUUUUCCUCUUCCCAGACACCCCCACCACAACAACAGCGCCCUACCUAACGCCCUCAGAGCGCCAUCUCGCCGUCACACGCCUCCCACACACCAACGCCUCUCAAUCCCGCAUCAACCUCUCCUUCCUGAAACACCUCUUCACGACCUGGUACUGGUGGGCAUUCGUGAUCCUCUGGAUAAUCGCCGGCGAGACGGAAUCGUUCUCCUCGAAUUCGCUACUAGCUCUAUAUCUAAAAGCCCACCCAACGAGGACAUACACCGUCUCGCAACUAAACACCUACCCAACGGGUGUCCCGGCUGUUGGGAUAAUCGCAACGCUGUUCUGGGCUACAUUAACCGAUAUCCUCCAAGGGAAGAGGUAUCUGGUGGGUUACUUCAUCGGGAUAACAGGUACAGUCACGUCGGCGCUCAUCUUGGGCCGAUUCAACGAUACCGCCACCGUCAUGGGAGCUUAUUAUUGGGCUGGGGCGGUGUACGCGUGUCAGGCGACGUUCUUCGCGUGGUGUAAUGAUGCGAUGAGAGGGCAGGAUGCGAGACAGAGGAGCGUGGUCAUUGCGAGUAUGAAUAUGGGGAAUAAUGCUGUUAAUGCGUGGUGGAGUAUCCUCUUUUAUGGGGCGGAGAUGGCGCCGCGAUUUACCAGGGGGAUGUGGGCGAUGAUUGGGUGUUCGGUUGCGUUGGUGAUUUGGACGGUGGGGAUUGUGUGGAUGAGUGGGAGGGAAGAAGAGAAGGGGAGGAGGGAGAUGACAAUGGUGGAGGUGGAGGGGAGAGGGAGGAGUGAGGAUGGAGAGGGGGAAGAGGGGAGGAUGGUUGGUGAGAAGGGGGGAUAG